AUGCUGCAGUCAUCGCUACACACCUCCGACCAUAUGGCCCGGACGAAGUCCAGUGAGCCUGAGCUCACUAUCAAUCUCACCGAGCCUGCGGUGUUCAUACCUACAUACACACAUAAACCCGCUGUCUUGAGGGGUUCUUGUGAGCUGAAGGUGAAGGAGACAUUAAUGGUGAAGAGAUUAACAGUCAACUUUCACGGGGUUUCUCAUGUACACUGGCCACAUGGUCUUCACGAUUCGAAGACCAUCACAGAUCGUACGCUGACGGUGUUCGGUCCGGCCAUCUCAGGGACCGGACCCCAACACCACGCUGAUCAGGAAAAUCUAGGAAUGUUGGAAACGGGUAGUACGGAAUGCAAUACAUCGCGCCAAAAAUGCGGAUUGUGGGGCACCAUCACGAACAAGUUAUGUUCGAGAUGCAAAAGUACCGCCGCGCCAGAUUAUCAGCUACUGUCUCCCGGUACCUAUACUUACAACUUCGAAAUGAUAUUGCCCCCUCAGUUGCCGGAAUCUGUUAAUGUACGGCGAAGCCAUGUUCGAUAUAAUGUUCGGGCAUGCCUAGAAUUCCCCGGGCAUUUCAGGCAUAACAUCGUCCAUAACAUGCCGAUCGCUGCCAUCCAUUGUCCGGCAGAGGACUUCGUGGAGGAUGCAGAGCCGGUUUACAUUGCUCGCGCCUGGAAGCGUUUGCUUCGAUGCGACAUCCUCAUGUCGAGAAGAGGCGCACCUCUCUGUCAUAUAUUACCUGUGAGCGUGUCUUUUGCCGAGCUGGCCAAUUCGAGGUUCCAUGGGUUGCAAAUCUAUAUUUCAGAGAACGUUCAGUUCCUCCGAAAAGAUGGUCUGGUUUCCUGCCUUGGGCCUUUCAAGAGGAGACUCUUAUAUGAAGCGGCUGAAGAUUUUGUACCCACUUUGCCGCCCUAUAGGUUUGGUGAAGAUGAUGACCACCUUUCAGAAAAGAGCAGCUUUGGUGUACAAGAGAGUGUGGUUCUUUCGGAGUGCGAGGACAAACCCGCGACAUCCGAGGGCAUGACGCUGAAUAUCGACUUGGUAUUACCCACCUGCCAGGACCAUUCUGAAGAUAACUGGAUGCACUUUAGCACUGAGUAUAAGAGCGCAAGGGUGUACCAUUGGCUUGAUCUUCCGCCGAGGGAUCUUUUGACCAAGAAUCUUUUGAUCAAGACCAGCACUGGUGGUCGGAGGACGACCAAAGAUAUUCUGUUUCUUGACGGGUUCAGGUUCCCGAAGACUGACAUAAGCUUUCACUUGGCUUUCAUUGCGACCAAUGAUAUACUCAUGCAACUCGACAUUUGGACGACGAGCAAAAAAUUUUCACGCAUGUUGUCUCCAUCGGUGGGGACGACUCGUGAUUGUGUGGGUGUGAUGUCGGGCAUCAUCUCAGACCCGGCCUUUAAUGACAUGUUCACGGCAACCAAGGGCGACAAUACAAUGCAGGCUACUGUAACUGCAGUCUAUGAAGUCGGUUGUCUCUUCGGUGCAAUCCUCGCAUUGCUAUUUGGUGAUCGGACGGGUCGCCGGUGGAUGGUUAUCGCCGGUGCCACUAUUAUGAUUGUUGGUGUCGUUAUUCAGGUGUCUGCUAUGCCAGGCUCGCUUCCCCUUCUUCAAUUUAUCUUCGGUCGAGUUAUUACUGGCAUUGGGAAUGGAAUGAACACCUCGACAAUUCCCACAUACCAAGCUGAAUGCUCCAAGACCAGCAAUCGAGGUCUUCUUAUCUGCAUUGAAGGUGGUAUUAUCGCCAUAGGUACGGCUAUUGCAUACUGGAUUGACUAUGGUGCACACUACGGACCACAAGACCUGGUAUGGAGAUUCCCGAUCGCGUUCCAGGUCUUCUUCGGUAUCAUUAUCAUUGUCGGCAUGUUCUACCUGCCGGAGUCACCUCGCUAUCUCAUCGCCCACGAUAAAGUCGCCGAAGGCGAGCGGGUCCUCGCCGCGCUGGCUGGCACUGAGAUUGAGGAUCGUCACACUCAAACGGAAAAGAAUCUGAUUCUUGAUUCCGUCCGAGCUUCGGGUGCCACGAAAGCCAAAUUCAGUGAUCUACUUACAGGUGGACCAUCCCAGCAUCUGCGCCGCAUGCUCGUGGGUUCGUCGUCGCAGAUGUUCCAGCAGAUUUCCGGUUGCAACGCUGUCAUCUAUUAUCUCCCAGUCUUGCUUGAGCAAUCUAUUGGCCAAUCUCACAACUUUGCGCUCUUGAUCGGCGGUAUCAACAUGAUCUGCUACGCCAUCUUUGCAACGUUCUCGUGGUUCUUCAUCGAAAAAAUUGGUCGCCGUAAAUUGUUCUUGGGAGGCAGUUACGGGCAAUGCGCAGCAAUGGUUAUUGUAUUUGCCUGUCUUAUUCCUGGCGAUAAAGAAAGUGCAAAGGGUGCCGUCUUCGGCUUCUUCCUCUAUAUGUGCUUCUUUGGAGCCACCUGGCUGCCAUUGCCAUGGCUCUAUCCCGCCGAGCUCUCUCCGAUCAAGACCAGAGCUAAAGCCAACGCCAUCUCCACCUGCAAUAACUGGCUGUUCAACUUCACCGUGGUCAUGAUCACCCCUGUCAUGGUAGAACAUAUCGGCUGGGGCACAUACUUGUUCUUCGCUGCAUGGAACGCAGUCUUCAUUCCAAUCAUCUGGCUUUUCUAUCCAGAAACUGCAGGUCGUAGUCUGGAAGAAAUCGACCUGAUCUUCGCCAAGGGAUACGUGGAGAAGAUGAGCUAUGUGCGCGCUGCGAAAGAACUUCCCAAGCUUUCCGACGAUGAAAUCGAGGCCAAGGCAGCCGAGUACGGUAUCCUCAACAACAACGAGAAAGUCGAGGAGCGAAUCGCCGAACAUGCCCCCCAGGACUCGCAGGAAUACUCGUCCUACCUGCCUAGUCAGCUAUAA